UCGUAUGCAUUAUGCACGGUGUGACGGUGGCGAAGUUGUCUCCACGCUCGACCGAAGCCGGAACCCCUACCGCGCGAAAACUCGUCGGAGCGAAGAAGAACGCCUUCACGCAGCACAGUGGUGUGGUAUACCUACUCACAACAGACUUGGUAUACAGUCCGGGAGCACUCGCGGAGGACUUCUUCAAAGAACAGAGGUGCAAUGCUGUCAGCGCGCGCGUUCGCCUUGCAACGGCAUCCGGACUGCUCGCACCACCCUUGCACCAGCCACUGCACCAGCGCGCCAGCGAGGUCGUCGUUGUUUCUCCGCACAACUCGAGUUUCUCUCGACAGGCUCCGCCGCCACAUCGUCGACACGACGAAAAACACAACGUCAGCAGUGGCAUCGCGACGAAGUGGUCUCAUCACGGCACGGAUCGUCGGGGCGUCGACGCCCAAGAAAGCUGUUUCACUGUGCAGCAUGUGAGCGACACGCCGAGCAGCAGUAUGGAGGAUGUGGCCUCAACGCAGUCAGCGCUAACUCCAUGUUCAAUAUGCGGGAGAACGUUUCGUCCUGAUGCUUUGGCACGGCAUGAGCAAAUAUGCCUCAAAACUAAAACCAAGCCACGCAAAGUUUUUGAUUCUUCAAAGCAAAGGAUUGAAGGAACAGAAAUCAAGACUGCACCCAAGCGGCCAUCGCCUACACCAAAGCCAAAGCCGAAACCCAGGACCAACUGGAAAGAGAAGCAUGAGGAGCUCAUCCGGACAAUUCGCGCCGCGCGGGGUGAGGAUGUCGGGCCGUCAACUGACGCAGCUUCAAAUGGCAGCCGGCCAGCAGUGCCUGCAGGAUAUGUGGAGUGCCCCAGCUGCAAUCGCAACUUCAGCGACCGUGCAGCUGAUCGACACAUUGCGUGGUGCCAAGAGAAAAAUAGUCGCAUACCUAAGAGUCCAGCCAGCGCUGAGGCCGUGGAGAGGCUCAAGGCAAGGACUAAGUACAAGGUCCCGACUCCAGGCAAGAAGAAUGGUGCCGUGAGCCCAUCAGGUUCUCAGGGCUCAAAGGAUGGAGGCAGCGGGGGCAGAGUUGCGGUCAACCGAAACCACCAGAGGACCAAGUCAUCUCCAUCGACGCUUGAUACCAAUGGGACGACUACAAACAAGGCAAAGAAGCCAACUAUAAGCCGUCGGGUGAAACCGUUACCAGCUCCUGUGAAGCCAAAGCCGCUCAAGCCAGGAGGCGUCAUGAAGUUCAAGGAGAAGUUCCCUAACCACGUCAGCAGCCCAUAUAGGUAUCCUUCUGAGGACAGCUAUGAUCCAUACAAGAAGGCAGAUAUGCAAAUGCGAGAAUUGAUGCAAAGCUCCAACCUGGUACCCAAGAAACCCAGGACAGUUCCAGGGGUGCGGACCGGUGGUUUAAAUAGCAACAGCAUAAAUGGAAACCUGAGCGAUUCCAACAGCUACACGAGCACCAACAGUGGAUCUGAAAAGCUGGAUGAAGAAAUGAACUACCUCAAUGCAAAGUUUGCUGAGCUCUCAAGGCCAGGAUUUACAGGGGAGUUCACGAACAACUGGGCCAAGCGGAUGAACGACAAUGCGGUGGCGACUCUCUCCAUCAGUGACCGUGAUGCUCAAGUCAGCAGCAGUGGUAGCGACGGCUCGUUGCAGGGUGUGGGGCACGGUCUGGAGACCAAAGUUCCUUACCUGUGUCAUCAGUGCGGCACCAUGUACCCGGUUACUGCAGCCAAGUACUGUUGUGAAUGUGGGGCCAGGAGGCUCGGUUAUAUCAGCCUUUAUGCGUAAUGGCGAGUUGUCUGAAUGCACAGACGCAAGUUGGGACUGGUCACGGCUGCCCUUGAAUGUGCAGUGUAAAAUAUGGAGGCAGACACUGUUGAAAUCAUCAGUUGCCCACUGUGACUCAGAGGCUGUAUUCUGUCUGGCCACACCGCACAUGAAUGGUUCUUUCUUUUCUCUCUCUCUCUCUCUUUAUAUUGGGAACUUGCUAAAUGUUCAUUUUGGAAAUCUGACAAAGCAACUCACGACUUGGCAACCCGUCAGAUAUUGAAAGAAAGGAGUGGAGAUGUCAAAAUUUUACCUUUCAAGCUCUUCGCUUCCUUAAAAGUAAUGGAAACGUCAUUCAAAAUCAUGGAGCGUAAUGUAGAGAUUCAAGAUGUUGGCGCGAUUUUUGUUCUGAUACCUCUUUCUGUUCUUGUUUUCUGGAAGCAAGUUGCUCAAGAUGAUAGCAUUCUUGAUUGUGAAGCACUAGUUCGAAAUGUUUUGGCAGCUGUAAUGCCAUCUUAAUUGGUCUCUAGGAACAGUGGUGCCUUAGCGUGCGCUUUACAUUUCCCUAAACAUUGACAUUAACACUUGCCGCAUUUAGUGUUAGUGUUCGAUAGCUUCAAAAAGCAAAAGUAUCACUAUAGAAAAAGAAGAGAUUGUUCAUGUAAUCACUUGUUAGCAGUGGGCUCUGUACUAUGAUUUAUAAUUUUUUGCCUGGAUAUCUGUACUCUGGCAAGGGAAAUUACACCAAAAUUUUGGUGUCUCUGUUCCUUUGAACAAACGGAGUACUAGCAUGAACAAAUGAAAAAACCUGAAUAGUCAAAUUAGAACAGCAAAUCAGAAAAUUGUGCUUUAAUCACAAGACAUAUUAAGGUGAUUGAGCAAAACUCGAGAAGGCUACACAGUUCUUUGUUGGCAAGAAAAAGAACAGCACCUUUAUACAUAAUGUAUCGGCGAAAAUUUCAUGUGACUUUUGUUUGCAUUUGAAUCUUCAUGGUUGAGUUUCAUACGUUUGCACCUUUACAACCCUCUGCAAAUGGUUGAUGCAUUUAUAUCAUAGGUGCAUUCCAGAUGAAAGAACUAAAAGACGGGCUAUUUAGUUAUAAUUCAUCUUCCAAACAAUUUUUUUUUUAAUUCAGAAAAUCAAUUCAAGAUAAAUAGGUGCAUUCGUUGCUUUAUAACAAUGCUCAAACAUAAGUAUGCUUCCUGUGUCCUUGUUUGCCAAACUCUAUAUGUCUCUUCACUCAUGGUGGGUACUGGUGUCUUCAGCAGUUCCUUAACCUUGUACAAGGUUACAAGGUCACUAAUGUAUGGAUAAUGAUGAGUGCUUAAUUAAGUUGUAUGCUAGGUGUUCUUUGACAGUGCCAUGCAUUUCUGCUGUAAUGCGUGGUCCCGGUCUGCAGUUUGUAGCAUAUUGUGUGUGGAUGUCAUGUGAAAGAGUUGCGUGAUGUAGUCUUUUUGAAGUGCGGACAGUGAUGUCUGCCCUAUGCCACGAUGCACGACUCUGAGUUUGGUACGUGGCACUCGAGUCACUUACACAUGAAAUGCGUGCAACUGUUGCUGGUAAAUAGGAGCACACUUGACUGCAAAUUCUCUCUCCCCUUCGCACGGCACGCCAUUAAUCUUCAUUUUAGCACACACUGCCUACUCUGCACAUUUCCGUCCACCUAGCCGAGAGUCUUACAAAAAAAGUGAAGGAAAUUGUGCCUUUUCAAGAACAGCAGCAAUUGUAUCUAAAUCCACUACUACUCAUUUUUAUCAUUUUCAGUGGUACAAUUUCCCGACACUUUGCAUAGUCAUCUCCUUUCAGCACAUUUGUGCUGCAUACCACUUUUUUUUUCCAUGGAAGUUUCUCAGCUUUGCUGUACGAAAGAAUCCCAUUUCUGUUUUGUUCUAGCACACAACAUAAGAUCACAGUAUUUAACAGACACAACGCCAAGCAUCAUCAUUCAUCGGCAUGCUACAAUCUCCUAAACGUCUUUUAAAAAAUUUUACCUUGGGUAGUGCUGUGUCUGUUACCUACUGUGAUUGUCCCCAAUAAAAUGGGAUUCUAUGAGGCUCCUCCAUUUUAAUACUCCCCAUCAUACUUCAGCGUUCAUCAGAACUUCAGUGAGGAAAAUUAUAACCUUUGAUUUUGAACACACUAAUAUGCAUCCACAAGGAACAUUAGUCAUGUGUUCUUUUGUCACCAUUUAAAUUUCAUUUUGUAUGACUCGUUCCAGAAGAAAUUUAAAGAGAAAAUGUUGGUUUGAGAGCUAUACACAUCACUAAUGUUGUAAGGGCAGAAUCAAGUGUGUGUUGCAUCCUUGUCACAUGAAUUCACAUGAAGUUGCUUUUGGUAUGGUGUCCAUGCACUCUACUAAAACUGCGUGCUGUCUUCAAGGCUUACUUCUUUUUUUCAUGACAUCAUUUUCACAAGGUUCUUUACCACUGUUUCUUUGUGACAUGCACCCAUUAACAGGAGUGCAGGUGCCUUUGGUAUGUCUUGAAACUUAUGACUAAGACCGCUACAAGGAUGUGUGUUAACAUUAUGUGCGAUCAUUGUCUGCAGUACUUAGCUAGUCAUGCGAUUUAUUUACUGCGUGCAUUAGGCUAUUGGAUCGCAGCCACUGUUUCCUAGUUUUCUUUUUUUGCUGAUGUUCGUUCAUCAUGGUAUGCAAAUUUUCUUUACAAUGACUGUUUUGACAAAGAACACACAUGCACUAAGGAAGCCUUUGGCAGCUACUUAAGCUGUUUUUUGGGGCGUGUGUGCAGCAUAGCAUCCCUUAAUCAACCUCGUGUAAAAAUUUCCUCUGUCUUUUUGCAUUGUCUGAUGAUAGAUAACAGUCUUGGCUACUGACUGUAGGUACCUAACAGUGAAUGCAAGGAUAUGUACAGCAACUUAUCAAACAACUUUGAACUGGCAUCUGUCAGUAGGUGUUAAGAGUGCGAUUGCCUCAGCAUACUUGUUUUCUCACUUUUCGCCCAGUAUUAAUUAAUCUGUGUUGCAUGUGUAUCGGUUGUUGUAAAGUUAUUGCAGUUGGUCUGCUUUAAUUAAAAGUAGCGACCAGGCUGUGUCAGCUCUUGCAUGUUAAUUGCUUGUAUUCAACGUUGAGCAUUCCGUGCACAGCAUGUUCAGCUUGCUGCAGCUGGUUGAAACGAGGCACACAUUGUCGAAUAUAUGUGCUUCCACAAAACAGUUAUGUGGUCAGAUUGUUAGAUGUGGUGCUCUUCAUGGUCCUUUUAGCGUUUUUUUUUUUUUUUUUUAAUAAUCGAGGUUGCUGCACCUUCCUUAUUUCUGGGUCGGCGUAUUGGCAAGUUUUUCUCCCUUCUUUUUGCAGAAUCUCUGUGCUUGUCACACAGUCUUUCCUCAGUGAAAGUUUAUGAUGGGCAGUCUGUGUAAAAAGUUUCAAAGGUGCUGCAUUCGUGACUGCACCUGUUAUUGGGCCUCAUACACAGGGCCAUGUACCUACUUUUUCCCUAUGUCUUUAUUGGCUAGUUUCUUUCAGAAUUUGUGCUUUUGAGUCAGUCUCUCCUCAGUAAGAGCUUCUGACAUGCAGUCUUUGUAAAAGAAGUUUCGAAGGUGCUGUGUUCAUGACUACCUGUCAUUGGCCGCAUAUUUCAGUUACUCCAAAGCCACUGAGAUUUUUAAUGGCCUUGUUACAUCUCCUGAAGUGUUUAUCAGCAGGCCUGCCCCAGGAGCCAUGCAACAGAUCUUGUCACUCGAGGAGCAGCUUCGAAGCUUCCAACAAAGGCCGUAUGGGCUAGCUGUAAUGAAAUGCAAAUGGGAAGAAGCGAAGUAAAAUCUGUCUCAUAGGUAAUUACUUAUAGUUCUAAUUUGUAAUUGUGCUGUAACCAGCAUUUUAACUUGCGCCGGCUCCGCUGUGAAGUGUCUGUCAAUCCUUCUAAGAAAAGGUGAUGCAUGGCUAUCGGUUUGUUUUUGUCUGUAGUGUUUCAUUCUUGCUUGACAGUACACCCAAGCAAUUUUUACAAAAGGCAAUGAUUAUCAGGAAGCAUUUUAUUCACGUCAAGAACAAUCAACCUUUCUGCUUUUUAUUUUCUUGAUGCAAGUUGACUUAUAAAUCUCUUUCAAUAUGGCACAAUGUGCACAUCCUUCAUUUUGAAUUGGGCCUAUCCAAAAUAAGCCUCUUGUACCUACUAACUCUUGUGCUCGUAAUAUUUUGCAUUACUUAGUUUACUUGCCAAAAGCUUUGGGCAUUAUGGAAUUACUACUUUUUUUUUCUUAAAGACCAAAAACGAUUGAAAGUGGUGUGCAAGGAUUGAGCUAGUUAAGGAUAUGCCAUGAUUUUCAUUUGUCUGUUGGAAUUUUAUUGUUAUUACUUCUAGCUUAUGUACCUUCAGAAAUGAACAUCAAAUGCACUAUCUUUACGAAGGGUUUUCUUCAUUUAAAGUUUACUAGAGCGUUCUUGUUGACAGAUGAACUCUUGUCGAACAUUUUUGUCACGUUGCUUGCAGAGAUGGUGUGCUCACAUAUUGCUGUGACGAAGAUGGGAACUUUUGCUUCAUGCCAUUUUACAAAAUGUUAACACUGUUUGUAAGUUUCAUGUUGCCUUUGAUUUUCACUGUUCCCUAUGUUGAAUGUUUGUUAUCAAACCUGUAAUAAAAUGUAGCAUCAAAGUGUUGCGAGGCCUAGUGCCACAGCUAUGCGUGUACUCCCUAUGCGUGCCAUUGCCGACUUUCGGUCAUACUACUGUGAACAAGAAUUCAAAUAAAUGUGAUGACUUCCUCA